CAAACCUGCAGCUGAGCAAAUGAGUGAGAGAAGAGAAAAAUGUCUAGCGUGUGCACACACCCUUCCCAUGUAAAGACCUCUCAGUGUCUGUCCUUUUGCUGUGUGUAGUGUACAUGUCAGAGAAAGAAGCUAUAUAAUUACAGAAAAGGUAUUGAUGAGAAUUCUUCAGUAGUCAAAGAGUUUAGGCAUUUAUGUUUGAGAGAACAUUUUUAGGAUUAUUUUUUCUCUGAGGCUUUUGGUUUGAAGAUUGGUUUGAAGUUUUCCUUUGGGUGAAAAGUCCCAUGUGCUACAGCUGGCCUCAGAGACAGACAAAUCAGGCCAAACAAGACAGACUGCAUUCAGUUACAGCCAUCUGAGAGAGGAGGGGAUAGACUUAAGGUGCAUGCCAAUACAUGCAUAACACAGAGAGGAGUGCUGUUUCGAGGAGUGUUUUCUUGUGGUUUUGUGUGUGACCUAUUCAUCAAGUAUGAAGUGGAAUUUGUUUAAGAAGAAGCCAGAGGCCAUGGUGGGCCCAGAGCCCACUGGUGCCAGUGCCAUCACGGAGGCUCCGCUCCUGUCCACAACAGCAGAAAAUGCCACUGAGUCUCAAGGGCCUGUUAGUAAGAAUGAUGUGUUUGGUGACAUCAAGAACAAGUUCCUCAAUGAGAUUGACAAACUUCCAUUGCCUUCCUGGGCUAUCAUUGCCAUCUCCAUCGUUGCAGUAGUGCUUAUCCUCACUUGCUGUUUCUGCAUUGUGAAGAAGACCUGCCUUAAGAAGAAAGGAAAGAAAGGGAAGAAAGGGAAGGGAGACGUGAGCAUGAAGAACAUGAAAGGAGGCGAGAAACAGGAUGAUGACGAUGAUGAAGAUGACAUAGACACAGGGAUGACUGGGGAUGAGAAAGAAGAAGAAGAGCCCAAAGAAAAGGAGAAACUUGGCAAACUACAGUUUUCUUUAGAUUAUGAUUUCUCUGACAACAAGCUGACAGUAGGCAUUUUGCAAGCUGCAGAUCUCCUCUCCAUGGACAGUGGAGGCACUUCUGACCCAUAUGUCAAAGUCUUCAUUCUCCCUGACAAGAAGAAAAAGUUUGAUACCAAAGUGCACAAGAAGACCCUCAACCCUGUCUUUAAUGAAACUUUCAACUUUAAGAUUCCCUUCCAAGAGAUGGGCGGGAAGACCCUCGUCAUGUCUGUCUAUGACUUUGACCGUUUUUCCAAACAUGACGUGAUUGGUGAGGUGAAGAUUCCAAUGAACACAUUAGAUCUGGCCCAGCCCAUUGAGCAGUGGAGAGACCUGGAAAGUGCAGAGAAAGAGGAGCCUGAAAGGUUAGGUGAUAUCUGCGUCUCUCUGCGUUAUGUGCCCACUGCUGGGAAACUUACCAUCUGCAUCCUGGAGGCUAAAAAUCUGAAGAAGAUGGAUGUGGGUGGCCUCUCAGAUCCUUAUGUAAAGAUCCAUUUGCUCCAAAAUGGCAAGCGGCUAAAGAAGAAAAAGACCACAGUAAAGAAAAACACGCUGAAUCCAUACUACAAUGAAUCAUUCAGCUUUGAAAUACCACAGGAUCAGAUGCAGAAAAUUCAAGCUGUGAUCACAGUACUAGAUUAUGACAAAAUUGGGAAGAACGAUGCCAUUGGGAAGAUUUGGGUGGGCAGCAAAGCACAAGGAACAGCACUGAGGCACUGGUCAGACAUGAUCGCCAAUCCACGGCGGCCAAUCGCCCAGUGGCAUCCACUCAGGCCUGAGGAGGAGGUGGAUGCUGAGCUAGCAGGUCUCACUGCCAAGAAGUAAACCUUCCAUUCACUCAUGCUCACUGCCACCAUUCUCCUUCUCUUACACUUUCUCAGUACAAUAAGCAUAUUUCCCAAUCAUCUAACUGGCACAGCAUAAUAAACAUAUAUACACACACACACACACACACACACACACA